UUUCAGCUCUGCGCGCCCGCUCGUCACGUACCCGUGUCCGUAUAAACCUGCGUAUAAUCGAAAGAUCGACAAGUUUCGCGCGCGCUUUUUUGCAUCGAUCGAUCGCCAACGUGAUCGGAGUGCCGGUUUUUCCGUGAAAACUCGAUCAAAAGAAAAACGGAAUAUAGUAGACGGACCCUCGUCUCCUUUCUGCGCCGCGCGUGUGUCUUUAUCAAGUAUGAACUUUCUCGGCACGCCGAGCAGGGAUAUCGUCGUUAUUACCUUUCUUUUCAAAAGCUCCGCGGCGUCACGGACUACUGUUGAACCAACCGUGUGACCAACAUGCAGCGUCCAGGAAAUUGCAGUUACCUAUCGGUGGUGGGUAUGAUCUGGCUGGUCGUUCUCGUCACCGAGAUCGGCAGCUCAAACGCGCUCAGUUUUAAACAGGUCCUCCACGAUGUGGACCAAGAGAUUUCGGCCAAGGACGAGGGCAACUAUCCCGAUGACCCUCCAGAAUUCGACCUCCAACCACCCGAUUUUCACGCCCAGUCGAGUCAACAGAAAAUCCUGGAAAAAUACGUGAAGUUAACGUCGAGCCCGAAAGGAGGCGUCCUCACGUUGGUCAGGGGGGACCGGCUCGAGCUGACUUGCGAGGUCGACGGCAGCCCAGCACCUCUGGUAUACUGGGUGAGGGGCGAGGACCCUGAUUUCAAGGUAAGCUACUCCAAGUACGAGAGGUUCUACGACGACCAGUACCACUCGGUGGCUCGCGAGGUCUCCAAACUGGUGAUCGACGCCGUCACGUCGAGGGACGAGGGCGAGAUCUACUGCGUCGGCUUUGCCGGUGGUCUAAAGGUCGAGUCCAACCACACCACCCUCGUGGUCGUUGAAGGUGAGGAGGCGAACAGAGGGUUCAAGUACACGGAGCCGUUGAUAACGCGACACAGGCCCCUGUACUUCUCGGAGAAGGGCUCGACGGUGGUGCUGCCGUGCGAGGCGACCGGCAACCCAAGGCCGCACGUCACCUGGUACAACGGCACCCAAAAGUUGAAGUCCGGCUCGCGACUAGCCGUCGAUCCUUACGGCAGUCUGGUGAUAAAGGACCUGCGCUGGCACGACAUGGGCGGGUACAAGUGCGUCGCCAGCUCGAGGAUGAUGGGCACAGCCGAGGCGGAGACCUUCCUCUAUCCGGCCGCCAGAUCAAAGUCCGCAUAAAGGAUGACCACUGCUGUAUAAAAUGGCUGGAGAGAAAGAAAGAAAGAAAGAAACGCGCACGUGCCAUCGAUAACACCCACGCAACCCCCGACACAUUGCAGAGAUUAUUGUGGUAUACACAUACAAAUGAAAAAGUAUUACAAUUCAUCUGACUUGAAUCGCACGUGUGCAAUGUGCCCACACGCAUACACACACAGACACAUAAACACCAAAACGGAGAAUAUAGAUAUCAUAUAGGUAUUUGAUGCUGGCCACCCACAAAUAUAAGUGUAUAUGUAUAUUAUACACCUGCAACUUCGUCAAGCAUAAUAUCCCAAGACAACGGCUACAACAAUUUUGAACAUUAUAUACAGGCACCACCACUGCACAGCCGAAAGUAUAAUCACGAUGGAUGUGUAUUAUUGCUUAUUCCGCAAGUAACUCCGAUACCAUGCAUAAUGUACUGUGGACAUGGACACGUCGCAAUAUUGGAAAAGUAUGACAUGAAAAACAUGGUCUUUUAUUUUAUUUUAAUUUUUAUUUAUUAGUCCCACCGUCAAAGCCACCUUAAUGUUUUUUGGUCCUUUUUUUUCUCUCUCUAUUAUUUGCUGUAGAAAAAAAAGGAAAAUGUGACCGAGAAACUUCGAAUCUAAGGAAGGAGUUGAGGGAAAAGGGAGGGAAGUAAAAAAAAAAAAAAAAAAAAAAAAAAAAAAAAAAAAAAAAAAAAAAAAAA